AUGAAAAAGAACCAGACGGUGCAGGGCACCUUCAGCAAACUCUUCGGCAAGAAGCAUGCCAACGCCGCCGCCACCUCCCUCUACGCCACCAAUCCCCCAUGGAUUUUCACCAAAGAGGCCCCGGAGGAGGGGAGCAGGGAUUUUGAUGGGAUCUACUAUGGAGACAAUCGGUUUAACACAGUCAGUGAGUCAGGAACAGCUACGCUGAAAGCUCGGCCGAGAGUCCGGCCCCUGCUGACCUUCCUUCCACUGAAUGCCCAGGAGAACCACGGGCUGGCAGUGCCUACCCCUUCUGUCCCAGAAGAAUUUGCAGACAAAGACGUGGCAGGCACCGGCACGCUGGUCAACGGCAACCUCCGGCUUUACAGUUCUGUGGGUGACCUAAGGCCUGGCAACUAUGGCCAGGACCUACUUAUCCCCCCACCUCCUCCGGGACCUGCUCCGAGGCCCCCCUCAGACAUUCUACAAUCCCGAGAGGAGUCUCCACCACCGCCUCCACCGUCCGCAGCUCCCCCGCCACCUCCCCUGCUACUGGAACCCCCACCACCGCCCAACAUGGCCCCACCACCACCCCCAGUGUUGGGGUCUCUAUCCCCCCCAUCUGCCCUUCCCUCCUCCCCAUCCACUCCCACCCCUCCUGAUUUCAUUCCCCCUGCCCCACCCUUGAGCAUUCUAACCCCACCUCCACCCCCUUUACCAGCCCCAGCACCCCCAGUUCCAGUGUCUCCUCACACAAUGGGUACUCACCUCUUUCCCCCUGGGGGUGUUACCAAGUGGAAAUCAGAGGUAGCACUGAAUGGCAGGCAGCCAGAGGAUCCUAGGACCAGCCCGCCCAGGAGCCCUGCUGAGCGGAAAGGGGACCCCAUGGGACCCAAGCCAGAGCCCCACCUCACCUUCCCCCGUUCCUUCAAGGUGCCUCCCCCAACCCCUGUCAGGUCUUCAUCCAUCCCUGUUCAGGAAACACAAGGGGUCCCUUCAGAGGAAGAAGGGACCACCAAGAAGGGCCCCAGUCGACUCCCACUGCCCCCUAGUUUCCACAUUCGUCCUGCAUCGCAGGUCUACCAGGACAAGGUCCCCACGUCAGACAGCCCCCAGGAGCCCAGGACUAUGGCACCAGCCAGUACACAGCUGGACAAGUCCCAGCCCCAGACGAAGGAACAAGCUAACACUCCACCCCCAGCUCUUCCCCUGCCCCCUCCUGCCCCCCCACUUCCUCCCCCAGCGCCUCCCCUUCCCCCGGCUGCCCCUCCCUUGCCUUCUGCUGAGAAGGUAAUCCUUCCACCUGCCGGGCUUACCAAAAAAACCAAGCCCAGCCCUCCUGCUCCCAAGCCCAAGCCCGACCCUCCCAGCCCAGAGGACACAGGCUCUUCAGCGCCUAUGGACUUGUGGGACCCCAGCCAGAUGGCAAAGCUGCGGAGCGAGCUGGCAGCCUACCUCUGUGGCUCCAGGAGAGAGGACCGAUUCGUCAAUCACCGACCAGGCCCCACGGUGGCCUCUCAGGGAAAAGAGGGCAAGAAGGACCCCGGUCCACCAGAAAAGGAGGUACCGCCAAGCCUGCCAGAGGAAGAGACUCCCCAAAGUGUUCCUGAGAAGAGCCCCUGCAACCUGCCAGCGAGGGAGGCCACCACCAGCUUGACCCUGCCCCCUGUGGACUAUAUCCCUCAAGACUCCCCUACCCGCAGUGUCCGGCAGAUCCGGAACAAGCUUGAGGCCCAGUUCUCAUCGGCAGAGAAGGAAACCAGGCCCGGCACAGGGACUCUGCCUCCCAAACCUCGGCCUGAGAGGGACAGAGCCUUUGCAAGCAAAGCUGACAGUGGCAAACUCUCCAACUCUGUGAUCAAGGCCCACAAUGGCGAAACCUCCGAGCCUGUGGCCAAGCAUCCUCCACCUCUGUCCACUUUAACACUUCCAAAUACACCACGCCAGUCCAAGGCCACCCCGGGGCCAGUCACACCCCCCAAGUCCAUAACCGGACCAGCUACGCCUCCCAAGGUGACACCUGGACCGUCCGUACCCACCAAGGCCGUGACCGAAUCAGGCCCAACAGCGAAGGUCACCCCUGGGCCAGUCACACCACCUAAGGCCACGCCCGGGCCUGCCUUAUCGCCGGCAGCCAUAGCGCUGCCCACCACACCGCCCCAGCCCCCAGCAGGGAACAGCGCAGCUGCAACUGGGCAGUGGGAGAAUCCUGAACCUCAAGCAGCGGCAGGGCCCGCCCAGCCAGAGGCAGAAGGGAGCCCCCCAGAGGACAGUAAGUCCUCUGCCCUCUCAUCUCCAGCCCUCCCGCCCAAGGCAUCCCCUGGGCGAGAGGAGGGGGCAUUUCUCUACAAGCCCCAUCGCAGCCAGAACAGCCCCGGCCGCGAAGUUGCGGUGGUUAUGCCCACUGUGGCCAGAGGAGAGGCAGCUUUGGGGCAGGAGCAGCCCGAGGAGGUGAAGGAGCCCCAGGGGGCACCUGCAAAACCCUCAGCCUCAGCCCAGCCCACUGAGGAACUCCUCAGGCACCCGGUGACAGGGGAGGUGGUAGAGCGGGGCUCCCCCAUGGCCCUGCUCCUCGCAGCCAGACAGAGGGCACAGAAAGGGAGGUCUGGGGGGGCUGCCCUGGGCCCGGCCUCCCUGCCAGGGAGUCUCCGUGGCCACAGCCGCCAGCCAGAGGCAGCUUCUGACCGCAUCUUCUACAAGGAAGGCCGGCCCAAUUCCUUCACGGUGGUCCCCAAGGUGCCCAAGGAGGCUGAGAAGGACCCCCAGCUGGCCUUGUCAGCCCAGCGCCCGGGAGCCAGUCCAUGGAAACCUCAGCCUCGCAGGGACCCCGAGGGCACGGAGCCGAGACACCCGCACAACUGGCCCCCGGCCGCGGCCCAGGCCUCCGCGGCCUGGGAAAGACCAGCGCCCGCCAGUCUCUCCCAGGGCCGCCCGCUGCCCACGUCCUUCUCAUCCCCUCCUUCUCCUUCCUACAAGCCCGAGGAGGACAACGGGGAGGAACAGGAGUUCAGCUUUGAAAUCAUCCCACCGCCCCCAGAGUUCAGCGGUGACCCCGAACCCCCAGCCCCCGCCCUCCAGUAUCUGAACCGCAGGAGCUCCCCUCCCCGGAACAACUUCUCCAGCUUGCGGCAGCCCCUGGACGCGAGCCCCGCCGCCUCGGCGCCCCGUGGCUACUCCCGCUUUCCCGGGGGUGCGUUCUAUGGCAGAGCCGGAGGCCUGGAUCGCUUCUCGGGGGGUCGCUCGCUCAUCAAGAAGCGCCUGUACGUCGGGGAGCCACACCGCGGCCCCGGGUUGCCCCACGGCGGCACCGGCCGCAGCCUGAGCACCCCCAACUGCUUCGGGCCCCAGCCCGGAGCGCCCUUCGGAGGACCGGGGGCUCCGGAGAUGCGGCGCGUCAACUCGGCCGGCCGAGCGGCCCCGGGCGGCCUGCACGCGCGCAGGCUCUCGCUGGAGGGCGGCGCCCGAGGAGAGGCCAAGUACAAAGCAUCCGGCGGCAGCGACUACGCUUUCGGCCCCUCCAACGGCAGGUCUCCCCACAGCACCCCACACUAUGGAGGCGCCAUCAACACCUUCACCGUCAGGCCUGGGACCCGUCAUCCCAUCUCCUAUGCCUACCCUGGAACCCACCGGAAAGCCACGUCCUGAGCCCAGAGUCCUCUCAGCUCUACUCCAAGGGGUCGAAUCUUGGCACUUGUUUUUGUGGGGGUGGGAGGGGUGCGGCAGGUGUUGAGCAGCCUGAUCUGACGUGCAGGAAUUUUUGUUCCUCGGACACAGACAGAGGAUAGCAAGUGAGAGGCAGUGGCCCCAGAAGAUCAAGGGUGGGUGGGCUUCUGCGUCCCAAAGCACAGCUGUGGCUGAGAACACUCUGCCUGUGGGAGUGGGCGGGGGAAGGAGGGAGGAGAGGACCUGUAGCCCGAAUUUCCGCUAUCUGAUACUAUUUGCUUUAGCGAGACUUAUUUAAAGCAGUUGUACACGCAUGACCUACUGAGCAGGUUCUAAAAGCCGGGGGCGGGGCAGUAACCGAAUGGGAGCCCCCGGGUAUAGCCAUGUUGCUGUCGGGCCCUCACAAAGGGUUAAGCCCAGCCCUGUCCAUGUGGGGGUAGAGGGUGCUAUAGGUUGAUCUCUGUAGUCUCCACCUGGCCACUGUUUGCCACCUCGAGAACUGAUGCCUGGGGUUCCUAGCACAGAAACCACAUGGGGGUCCAGAGAGAUGUAUGAAGCACAUGUGGAGAAGAUACUGGAUCUGAGCACAUUGUGUUGGCCAAAGGCAGGGCUGGGUUCCGAUGGUUCACUCAUCCCUGGCCCUGGCCCUUGGCACAGGGAGGCUUAGUGAGAGACAAGGCAAGUUUGGAAUGGGAGACAUUCCCAGGCAGCUGUGAUUUUGGGGAUAGGACCAGAGGAGCCAGAAGGCCUGAGGGCGUGACACUAAAGGCUUUACGUGGUCAGGUUCCAUCUAGGAUUUGGAGGGGACAUUAUUCCCAACAGCCCUCCCAACCUUGAGACUAUCGGUCCCUAAUACCGUUGAAUCUUAAAAUGUGUAACCAAGAUACAGAAAGCCCUGGAGAGCAGAAGGCAACAUAGAGGGGAACAGAGGUCUGAGAAGAGUGUGCCGCCACUGGGGGGCGUGUUUGAGAAAGUCAGGAGUUGCAGGGCCCAUCCAGAGCAAGGCCUACUCGUAGGGUGUCCGGGCCAGCGCUACCGGGGCAACCUGGAUUUAUGCCUGUUUGGCAGUGAACUUGACACACUUCGGCUCUGAUAGAUAGAUGGUCACCAGUCAUGGGGGGGGGGGGAUAGUAUUCCUCAGUCUGUGCCCUGUUUGUGCCUCAGUCUGUGUCCUGUGGGGCAAUAACUGAGUUCCUGGGACCAGACCAAGCCAGGCUGCCUUGGCAGGACUCCUCAGAAGGCAACUGCCAAGGCACAGCCUUCCCUUUCAGGCAGUGUCAGGCCUCUAUGAGCUGUGUGACUAGCCAGCCUACCAGAGAGCAGGGAGCCCCCUCGGGGGGGAGUGCAAGGUGCUAUGUACCCCAGUGGGGCAGGAUCUGGUCAUUGUGUGCAAGAAGCAGACCUCACCCAGUGCCGGCACUGGCUCUGUCUGUGCGUGUAUUUUCCCUGUGCAUUGUUUUAAAAGAGAGUCCAUUGAUUUAUCUGCUGCAUUACGGCUGGAGCGGUGGGACAUGGACUCCCAGCUGCACACAGCUCUGGGCAGGGAAGAACUGGCUCUCACUUGGCUUGGGAAAUAAACAGGCCAGUUUGGUCUGGUCUCCAGCUCUGUGGCUGUGAUUGAUGACUCCAAGCUACGGGAAUGCAGGGAGGAUGGGAGUGCUCAGCUCGGGAAGUGGCCAGCUG